AACUGUUAUAUCAUGUUAUGACCCAAAGUUAUGGAGCAGCAACACUAAUGCCCUUUUUCUUAGAUGUAAUAAUAUUUUGGUAUUUUGCAUUUCUCAAGUUUUCUUGACUCCCUGACAAACCAAUAACAGACAACAAGAAAUACCCACUUGACUCUGCUAGGUCUAAUGUGUCUUUGAGUAUGGUGAGAAAACAGACAAGCAUAUAUAGCCAUUUCUUUGUCAGAUUGUCUCUUGCCCUUUCUCUCCCUUCUUCUUUGUUUUGAAAAAAUUCAUAUGCUAUUCACAUUAUCUUCUUAUAUUUUUAAGUUUCCUUUAUAUUGGUGGAGGGUAAAACUUCUUUGCCAAAACUGGUGAACAUUAUCAUCUGUUGCAUACAAUGUUGUUGUUGUUUAAGUUGUUGUGUUUGAUUUUAUUGUCUGGAAGUGCAACUUCUUGGUUUACAUCAAAUGGGUCUAAUUCUAAUAGGUUUGUGGUGAAUGAGGAAGCAUACUUGCAAUGGCUAAAAGCAAAACAAAUGGGCUCUUUCAAGCAUGCUCUCUUUCAGAAAGCUAAGAACAAGUUCAAGCCUUGUUUAACAAUAAAAGUUAACAAAAAAUCAAAGUCAGGAGACUUUGUUACACUAAAGAAGGCUCUCAAUUCUAUACCAGUUAUCAAUAACUGCAGGGUGAUUAUCUCUAUUGGUGCAGGGACUUACAGGGAGAAGAUUGAGAUUCCUGGAAGCAUGAGUUACAUUACGUUGGAGGGUGCUGGUGCUGGCAAGACCACCAUUGAGUGGGAUGACACAGCAGACAAACAGGGGCAGGGAGGACACCUCUUGGGUACCUAUGGCUCUGCAACAUUUGCUAUCAAUUCUCCUUAUUUCAUUGCCAAGAACAUCACCUUCAAGAACAAGGCACCAUCUCCGCCCUCGGGAGCUCUCGGAAAGCAAGCAGUCGCACUCCGAAUAUCCGCAGAUACUGCAGCAUUUAUAGGCUGCAAAUUCAUCGGAGCACAGGAUACCCUUUAUGAUCACAUUGGCAGACAUUUCUUCAAGGAAUGCUAUAUUGAAGGUUCUGUUGACUUCAUAUUCGGAAACGGGCUCUCCCUGUAUGAUGAUUGCCAUUUGCAUGCCAUUACAAAUAGCUUUGGAGCACUAACAGCGCAGAAAAGGGAAAGCAUGCUUGAGGAAACAGGCUUCUCCUUUGUCAAUUGCAAGGUGACAGGGUCAGGUGCCCUCUACUUGGGCAGAGCAUGGGGCAGUUUCUCUAGGGUUGUCUUUGCUUACACUUAUAUGGACAAGAUCAUUACUCCUACAGGAUGGUAUGACUGGGGAGAUAAAAAUAGGGAAAUGACUGUCUUCUACGGACAGUACAAAUGUUCAGGGCCAGGGGCUCAGUUUGGAGGAAGAGUGUCAUGGUCUAGGGAGCUUACUGAGCAAGAGGCCAAACCAUUUGUUUCAAUUGAUUUCAUUGAUGGCCAAGACUGGCUUCUUCACUCAUGAUUUAUCCAAUUGUACUAAGAAAAGUGCAUGAUAUCAGAAAAAGCAGUAUCUAUCUUGAUUAGAGAUACCCAAGAAACUCGUUACUUUUAACUUGGAAGCGUUACAAAUUUUGGUUUAUAAACAAAUUGCACAAUUAGACCAGGAAGCACUAAAGAGAAAGCAAGUACUUCCAGCUUGAACCGACCAGAGUUGCAGAGUGCAGAGCCUUGUAUAAGUUACUUAACAGUUACAGAAGGUAGAUGCUAAUUACAUGUACAAACCAACCUUAUACGCAGUAUUAAGUUAUUUACAAUUUGAACAUUGCUUCUCUGCGUGACAAUGCUGUGAGCAACUCGUGAUGCUUUCCACUAAAUACUGUACAAUAUCCACCCACUCAAAGCAAGUGGCAGCAUCCAAGC